AGCGUGCGAGUAUCAAUGUCCGCCUACGAGCAGCGGAAAAAGUCAAAAACUCAUUCUGCCGCCUCGGAAGAUAUACAGAGCACAGUCGCCGAUCUUGAAAAAAAAAUCGGAAAAGCCGAAACCUAUUUAAAAAUUUUUGAAAUCAUCGCAUCCCGGUCUUUUGCGACAGCGAAAGGAAGCAGUCAAGACUUUCGAAGAGGCAAAGAAGACUACGGCUGAUUAUGUCCAUUUGAAGGAGUUGAAGAAGACCCUUGCGAUGGCGAUCAAUGCCGAAAAUCGCAACAAUUUACAGUUGAAAGAUGCGAGAAUGACUUUAUACUCCUUGAAAGCAAGUUUGAAGAAGCAGCAACACAAGGGAAAAGGAAAGGAGAAGGCGAAUCCAGAGUCGGACAUUCCUCCAACUGUGCCCACAUUCCAAGCCUUUGGUUGCGAAGAUUCCACGGAAAACAUUGACAUCAGCCAGCUCAAGAAGGAAGCUCGCGCCAAAAAUAGAAAAUUGGUUUUCAGCGGCACUGAUUACGGUGUUUGUACCAUGUCGGCAACAGUACCCUUGACGCUCGACCAAUACCACGCCCACGUACAACUCUACAACAGGUUCCAAGUUCUUGGUGAUCGCGAGCUCCAACCAAUGGAUACGGUAGUGGAUCCGGCUUUUCAAGUACCAACCCCUCAUCGUAUCACAGCCAAGCAGCUAGAUGUACUCUCUUUGGCGCACAAAAAUGCCAGGUUACGAGAAAGACGAAAGGCAAAACAUCCCCAGCUUUUGGAUGCAGAGCGACAGCUCAAAGAGCGGUCUUUUAAACUGGCAGCCACAUCAGCCGAAGUUGAACAAUGCCAAAAGAUUGCAAGAGAGACGCGAGACAUUCUGCGCGGUUUUUACCAUUCUCCCCGAGCCCACCGUGACGCGUGGUCCCAAGAAUUAGCGACAAAGCGCGCCUACCGACAAGUCGCAGCCAAAGAAAGGGCGGCUAUAAGGCAUGCUUCAGGUUCACGACGGUCGUUGGUCAUCAUGAUGAUCGGAACGCAGGGGACUGGGGUGGGCAGUCGCAUUAAAGGCCACGCUAGGCGCGGUGGCAAGAAACUAAGAAAGGAACACAGUCAGCACGCUGUUGUGGGGAUGACGAACGAGUUUCGUAGUUCACAAACGUGCAUGGGCUGUUUCGGUCUGGUCAUCCGACCAAAGAGGAAAGCCGUUGGAGCAAGUUCGAAAAUACGCUCAGUUCACGGAUCGUCUUUAUGUAUGAAUAUCGAUUGUCCGUUAUAUCGAACAGGACGAGCCACACAAAACCGGGACACUCAAGCAGCAACGUGCAUCGCUCUUGCUGGUGCAAGCUUCUUGCUCGACGGGAUGACAUUGCACCCAUUUUCAAAAAAUUCAGCCAUGAAUCAUAUGCUGAAAAAAAUCAUUACCACCCCGCACACCGGUAACACAGAAUCUCGACUACGAAUUUGACAGUGAUGCUGAAUAGGAGAAAUUUUAGAUGCAGGUGCUGCGGAGGCUUCUUCCAAUGGGGGAGACACACGACGUAGUGUUCGCGGGCAUUAACGUCU